AUGGACUCGGAUGCUAUUAACACUAUUACAUUUUAUGGGAGGAGGUAUGACCGAUUAGACGCUGCAAUUGAAGAUAUUGUAAAUAGAAAUGAUUCUUACAACCCAGAUAUUGUGUUACUCCCUCCGGCGGUUGAUUAUGUCACGGACGAAGAGGAUAUAGAUGAAGGCGUAAUCCAAACAAAUGAGCUACCUACUGAUGUACCGGGCGAAAUUGAGGUUCAAUUUUACGAGGACGAAGUUUCUGAAGAUGACCUACCCUUAUCAAGAUUGCAAGAUAUACUUUUGUCUAAUACAUCUUCAAGUAGGACAACUUCUAACCCGAAAUGGACCAAUGACGUACUUGAUAUAAGUAUGAAAGCAUCAACAGAAUGGAAACUACGAGAGGAGACCAAAAAGAGUGGAAAAAAGGAUAAGGGAUAUUUUUGCAAAAAGUAUGAUGAAGAAAACAAACUGCUAUUUGUUCAAUGGAAGGACAACAACAUCGUAAGCAUGGGUACUAAGUACGAUGCUGUUGAACCUCUUGCUAAAGUUAAACGUUGGAGCAAAGAAAAAAAAGAAAAAAUCGAUGUAUCACAACCUGUUAGAGAAUUAGCUACAGGUAAUUUACAACUACAAUAA